AUGUGCAGAGAUGAUGUGAAGGCACUUGUUAUUACAGGAGCCAAGGGUAAGUUUUGUGGUGGCUUUGACAUUGCAAGUGUUUCUGGAUAUCGAGGAGGAAAGCGAGAGCUGUCAUUUGAUGCUAAAUCAGUAGAGAUUCUAACUGACACUCUAGAAGCUGCAAGAAAACCUUCAGUUGCUGCCAUUGAGGGAUUUGCUUUGGGUGGAGGAAUAGAGAUUGCAAUGGUAUGCAAUGCACUGAUAGCAGCCCCCAGUGCACAGUUAGGCCUUACUGAACUAACACUAGGAGUUAUUCCUGGAUUUGGAGGAACACAGCGACUUCCACGUCUUGUUGGUAUUACAAAGUCCCUUGAAAUGAUGUUGACUUCAAAACUAGUUAAAGGGGAGGAAGCUCAUGAUUUGGGUCUAGUAGAUGCCGUUGUUGCACCUGAUCAGUUGAUAAGCACUGCACGUCGGUGGGCUCUGAAGUGUCAAAGACCAUGGGUUUCGACUCUUUACAGGACUGAUAAGUUAGAGCCCCUCAGGGAGGCAAGGAAAAUAUUCAAGCUUGCGCGGGCUCAGGCAAGGAAGCGAACUCCAAAUCUCAAACAUCCAGCGGUUUGCAUUAAUGUUAUUGAAGAAGGUGUGGUAUCUGGUCCUCGGGUUGGACUUUUGAAGGUCCUUACAUGCUCCAAAUUUUCUUUCCUUCCCUCCAGUUGUCAUUACUUUGUAAUCUCUGACACCAGCAAAAGUUUGGUUCAUAUCUUCUUUGCUCAACGUGGAACCUCAAAGGUUCCCAGUAUAACUGAUCUUGGUUUGACGCCACGGCAAGUGAAUAAGGUUGCAAUUCUUGGCGGAGGACUAAUGGGCUCUGGAAUAGCUACUGCAUUCAUUCUUUGUAAUUUUCCGGUGGUUCUUAAAGAAGUAAAAGUGAAGAUCCUGGCAGCUGGGAUCUAUAAAGCCAGAGCAAAUCUGCAAGGCCAUCUCAAGACAGGACAAAUGACUCAGGAAAAGUUGGACAAGGCCAUGUCUCUUCUUGAAGGUGCUUUGGACUAUGACAGCUUCAAAGAGGUUGAUAUGGUCAUAGAGGCUGUUACUGAAAAUGUUUCUUCGAAGAAAAAAAUUUUUGCUGAUCUUGAAAAACAUUGUCCACCACAUUGCAUACUUGUAAGUAACACUUCCACGAUUGACUUGAAUUCGAUUGGCGAGCGUACGAAGUCCCAGGAUCGGAUUGUUGGAGCCCAUUUCUGCGGUCCGGCUCACGCCACGCAUUUCUUGGAAAUUGUUCGUACCAAUAGGACUUCUCCGCAAGUGAUCGUGGACUUGCUAGACAUUUGUAAAAGGAUGAAGAAGGCUCCAGUUGUGGUCUGUAAUUGCACAGGUUUUGCUGUCAACAGGAUGUUCUUCCCUUACACAAUGGCUGCUUUUUUGCUUGUUGAACAUGGAACAGAUCUGUAUAGAAUCGAUAGGGCCAUUACCAAAUUUGGAAUGCCAAUGGGUCCUUUCAGAUUGACUGACCUUGUUGGUUUUGGAGUGGCAAUGGCAACUGGCCUGCGAUUUCUUGAGAAUUUCCCUGAGAGGACCUAUAAAUCAAUGCUUGUCCCGAUCAUGCAAGAGGAUCAUAAAGGAGGUGAAACCACAGGCAAAGGAUUCUACUUGUAUGAUGAUAAAGGCAAAGCUAGACCAGAUCCUGAACUAAAGAAAUACAUUGAGCAGGCUAGGAGCAUUUCUGGUGUUACCAUUGACCCAAAGUUUUGUAAAUUUUCAGAGGAGGACAUUGUGGAGAUGAUAUUCUUCCCAGUGGUUAAUGAAGCCUGUCGACUCUUAGCCGAAGGUAUUGCAGUCAAAGCAGCCGACCUUGAUGUUGCUGCUGUUAUGGGCCUGGGCUUCCCAGCUUACAGGGGAGGAAUCAUGUUCUGGGCGGACUCUCUGGCAUCCAAAUACAUUUAUUCAGUAUUGGUAGAAUGGUCAAAGCCAAAGGUGUAUGGAGAAUUUUUCAAGCCCUGUGGCUUCUUGGCUGAAAAAGCUUCAAAUGGGGCUCCUCUGAGUGCUCCGGUGGAACAGGCCAAAUCAAAAUUAUAAGCUUGAGGUGUAGAUCUGUGCUCAUUGCAUGCUCCAUUCUACAAUUCCGUCUCUGUAUAAUGUUGCUCAGAAGUGGCCAAAAUAGUGUUGCAAAUAUGUUUAGAAAAUGGCGUGGACCUCACUAAAAUUAA